UUCACUUUCUAGAACAUGUAUACAUAAAGUAAUACAAGGUGUACAACCAUAAACAGUGUGUUGCAACACCGACGAUAUUCAUUCUAAAAAUGAAAAGCAAUGGUAAAGUGUCAGCAAAAGAAGAAGAUGGAUCUCCAUCAGACGACAUCGUUUCUCCCAAAAAUACGUCGAAACGAAAAUACCUAAUAGGACCAGUUACAUUCUUAGGUUUGCUUGGGUAUGCUACGUAUGCCUCAACCAUCUUCCUUUACUACCCAUAUAAUGUUGGCAAAGCCCUCUUUCCAAAUAUAUCCGUGGCAAGCGAAAAUAGUGCAGUUUGCAGUAGCAACACAAAUGGAACUGGUGUAGAGAAUGGUCAGCUUAUUCAAUCCGAUGUAGCGACAUUUUUGGUAUAUUCUGCAGUGUUGGAAGGCAUACCAUGCAUUCUUUCAAAUCUGGUAUAUGGGAGCAGCAGCGAUCGCUUUGGAAUCAAGAAGAUGUUAUUGAUCCCAAUAAUUGGACUUAUGUUGACGGAAGGGUUGAUUUUAGUGUUCAUGCACUACCAAUUUACCCUACUCUACUUUUUAAUUCCCUUAGUAAUAAACGGUUUUGGCGGUGAAGCGUUUGCAAUUAUCCAGUUUACUUUGUCGUACGCCUCUAAGAUAACAAACACAAACAAGGAAAGAACUAUCGCUAUGGCAAUUAUGGAAAUAUGCAUUGGGAUGGGCCUUCUAUUGGGCAGUAUAACUGCAGGGUACAUUAUUCGUUUAAGCGGUUUUAUGUGGUCACUAAUUACCUCACUUCUUAUAAACAUUGUCAAUAUCGUUCUUAUAUUUUCGCUUCCUGAAAAUACCGAAAAGAGGAACAAUGAACCAUGGCGAGUUAUUCAUGUUUUCAAUUCGUUCAAGGACUCACUUCAGUUCUACUAUUCCAAAAAGUAUGCGGGACUGCGUUUGAAGUUUAUCCUAUGUAUUUCGAUUUUCAUCAUUGGAUGUGUGGUUUUGAUUGGAAGAAACAAUACGGAAAUCUUAUACACAAUAAGUCCCCCAUUUUGCCUAAACUCAAUACAGGUUGGGUGGUUCCAUGCUACAAGAGGCGUAAUGCAGCAUGGCAUAGCGAUGAUUCUCAUUCGGCUAUUUAUGAUGUGUAUGAGCGCAGAAUCUAUAGCUAUGAUAGGGGCUGUGUCGGGAACAAUAUCUUUGAUAGUGGAGGGAUUCGCCAAUUCUACCGUUGUCCUCUUUCUAACUCAAGUUAUUGGAUUUGGAACUUCAUUAGGAGUUGUUAUGGUCAGAGUAAUCAUGUCUAGAGAAAUUCCUGCGGAAAAUCAAGGUGCCCUUUUUGGUGGUAUGUCUGCUUUCCAAACGGCAUGUACGUUUUUCGGCUCCUUGAUUUUCAGUACGAUGUACCGCAGCACCCUUUAUUUCUUCAAGGGGACGAUCUUUCUUCUAAUGGCUGGAAUGUUUUUCAUCUCAUUAGUCUUAACAAUAUUUCUUUUUAUUAGGGAAAAAUCAAAAGCAAAGACCUACAAACUUCGUCAAAGCACUGCAAAUAUUGAAAUGAAGCCUAGGUUUUGAUUUUGAGCAAAAUCAUGCAUUUUUUGCAUUAUGUACAUAAAAAAAAUAGGCGUAUUGAAUGAUCGAGAAAUAAUAUACCCGAGUCGUUCGAAUUUUCAAUAAUACUGAUGUAAUCUUAUUUGAAAGACCAUAAAAAGGAGUGCAUAAUACAUAUGAUUUUAAUGGAAAGACAUCUACACACUACAUUAAUCGGAAUGUAGUUGUGUUUUAUAUAAGACGUUAAUGGUGACAGUUUUACUUAACUACAUUAUUCAGGAAUUGUAAUUAAAACAUAAACUCUA